AUGAACGAGUUGUCAAAGCUCGAGCGAAGCCUGGCACUCCCUCCCCCGCUGCUCUCAAUUUGUCUCGAUCGGACGGCAUUGACGUGCGAGCGAGCGAGCGAGCGACGUAUUACCGUCCUCGCCCCCUCUUCUUUCGCUCGCUGCGUUGUGUCCACAACGGCACAACCGCUUCGACUCGUUCGUGGAUCAAUCGAGACUGCAGCUGUUUUUUUCAUCUCCAGCAGCUCUUCAGUAGCUCUUCCGGAUCCGUUCGUCUUGGUUCCUCACGUUACAAGAAACGGGACACGAGGCUGGCGCCGCCACGACGUGCGUCUUAGCUCACGCGGUACCAAGCCAAUGCACGACAAACGAGGCGGUUCAGACGAGCUCCGUUUGCUCCGAAGACGAUGUGGACCUCGAGAUAUUCAUGCGACAGUGUGGGUGGCGAACGGGGUCGCCCUUUUACAUACUUGA